CUUUCAUCGACUCGCUGCGCCAAAGCUUGACCGCGAAUUACUACUAAUUAACUACAACAAUUAUAGACAUUCGCUUAUUCUCCUUGUGUUUUACUCCGGUCAAGUCUGUGAAAGAAGCAGGAACAGAACAGCCAGCCAGACGGCCGACUGAUACCAACCAACAAGUAACCUCCGGCGAACAUCAACCAGGCAUCCAAAGGUCCCUACAAGGGCUCACAUACUUGACUCCUUUGUCUACUCUUUCUUUAUAUCACACAACACACUUCACAAUGUCAUCACCGCCACCUCACCCAGCGCCGACAAAUCCCCUCAAACGGCCCUCCAUCUCCUCCUCUGCCUCACAACCUCUCGGCUCCAACCCGAAACGCCCACGCAUGCAUCCCCUCCGGCAGACCUCCUUCCCCGCCAGUAUAGACAAUGACCAGCGCACAUUCAGUGCCACUAGCGACGCGGGGAGUGUGACGGGCAGUUUCACGGGUAGUCUGGGCGGGACGAGCGCGGACGGGGUGUUCCUGGGGGCAGCCAAGAAAGGGAAACGCGGGCGCAAGAGUAAAGCCGAGAAGGAGCGGGAGCGCGAGCAGCGGGAGGAUGCGGCGAGUUUGCGCGGGGAGACGCGACUGGGGUCUGUGGAUGCGGAUGGGAUGUCUGUUCGGGCUGGUGGGACGGCGAGGGGAGAUGCGGCCGGGGACGACGGCGAUGAGGAUGAGGAUUUUGACGAUGAGGGUGAGCUCCUGAGGGGUGAGGAAGGGGUGACGGAUACGGAGGCCGAGAAGAAGAAUCUUGCUUUACUGGUGGAUGCGUUCAAUCCUAUUCAGUCGGAGCGAUACGAUCUGUUCAAACGGGCCAAGCUGCGCAAGGAGACGCUGCGGCGGAUUGUCAACCACGCGCUGUCCCAGUCUGUCCCCGCCAGUGUCGUGACAACCAUCAACGGGUUUACCAAGGUCUUUGCGGGCGAGAUCAUUGAGAAGGCGAGGACUGUUCAGGCCGAGUGGGCUAUCGCGCAUGAACAGGCCGCGCGCGCUGCAUUUGACGCCGAAGAGGCCGAGGCCGAGGCCAGGGCAGCUGAAGCGGCGGCGAAGGCAGCGGCUUCUGCUACGCCGGCGACGGGGGUCAGGCACAGAGCCCGCCGCAGCCGUCGCAAUCGCUCAACCCCAAUCCCUCCUUCAACGUCAUCUCCCAUGCCGCAACAGCAGGCGUCGCAACCGUCCACGCCUUCUAUAUCUGGUCUUCCGCAGCAGCCGCAGCAGCAAGAACAGCAACCCCCUCCAGCACGGCCGAAAAGGGAAUUCAAACCGCCGCCUAAUCCUCACCGGGGCCAGCUCCUCCCUUCUCAUCUUCGCGAGGCAUUACGACGGUACAAGCGUGAUGGCGAGGGCGGUGGUGUCGGUUUCUCGGGGUUGAGUAUGGGCAACUUGGGAGUGAGGGGAUCAGUCACCUGGAAUGCGGGCAGUGCUGGAGGAAGACGGAUCUUCCGAUAGGGUCGCCUUUCUCAGUUUCUCUUACUUCUGACAUGAUGACACGAUCAAAGCACUUCGGUUGUACAUACACAUAUUCUAUUAUGUUGUGGUGAUGGCUCGGAUGGCAUGGUGUAGGCGUACUUAGGGCUACUAUCUCCGCCGUCAAAUGGGGCUUGCGCCUCCCCGAGGUAGACACACUACAGCAAUUAAGUUAUUCUUGCCUC